AAGGGCGGAGCGAGCCGGGGCCGGGGCCGGGGCCGGGGCCGGCUGCCGCUGCCGCCGCCGUCGCCUCCGCAGGGCGCCUUCCGCAGACAUGUCCGCCAACUACAUGCGGAGCUUCUCGGAGGGAUGUCUCAGGCCACCAACGGUAAUUGGCCAGUUCCACACUCUUUUCUUUGGCUCUGUUCGUAUGUUUUUCCUUGGCGUUUUGGGCUUUGCUGUUUAUGGAAAUGAGGCCUUGCAUUUCAGCUGUGACCCAGACAAGAGAGAGGUUAAUCUUUUCUGUUACAACCAGUUCAGGCCUAUAACUCCUCAGGUAUUCUGGGCAUUACAGCUGGUGAUUGUGCUGGUACCUGGAGCCUUUUUUCACCUUUAUGCUGCAUGUAAGAGCAUCAAACAGGAAGAUAACCUCCAACAGUCAUUCUACACUCUUUUUUAUAUCUUCUCUGUUUUCUUAAGGAUUAUCCUUGAAGCUGUGGCUUUUUGGCUUCAGAUUCAGCUGUUUGGUUUCAGAGUGAACGCAAUCUACAUGUGUGAUGUGGGAGCAUUGGAAAAAAAGUUUAACAUUACCCGGUGCAUGGUGCCAGAGCACUUUGAAAAGACAAUUUUUCUUAUUGCAAUGUACACAUUUACUGUGAUUACAGUGGUCUUGUGUGUUGCCGAAAUUUUUGAGAUCUCAUGUAGAAGGCUAGGUUUCCUAAAAACUCGGUGAUUUCAAUCACUCCUAGUCAUUUACCACCCUGUCCGCCUGUAGUUCUGUAACAACAAUUUCAAGCUGUAACA